AUCCCAGGUGGCUCAGGCCCCUGGCUGAUUUCUGUUUACCAAGAGAGCUUGUCCAAGUUGGGCUCCAUCUCUGCCCUCGCUCCCCUUUGGGGCCCCCGCCCGCCUGGGAAGUGGAGAGAAAGCGGGGCCCAGCCCUUCCUCGCCCUUCCCCUCCCCGCACCGCCCCCCGAGAGGUCGGACGGCGAUGAGCCCCCAGCCCGCCGGACCUCCGGACGGGGGCUGGGGCUGGGUGGUGGUGGCCGCAGCCUUCGCGGUGAACGGGCUGUCCUACGGGCUGCUGCGCUCGCUGGGCCUUGCCUUUCCUGACCUUGCCGAACACUUUGACCGAAGUGCCCAGGACACUGCGUGGAUCAGCGCCCUGGCCCUGGCCGUGCAGCAGGCAGCCAGCCCCGUGGGCAGCGCCCUGAGCACACGCUGGGGGGCCCGCCCUGUGGUGAUGGUUGGCGGUGUCCUCGCCUCGCUGGGCUUCGUCUUCUCGGCCUUUGCCCGCAGUCUGCUGCACCUCUACCUCGGCCUGGGCCUCGUCGCUGGCUCUGGCUGGGCCCUGGUGUUUGCCCCUGCCCUGGGCACUCUCUCCCGAUACUUCUCCCGCCGUCGAGUCUUGGCGGUGGGGCUGGCGCUCACCGGCAACGGGGCCUCUUCGCUGCUCCUGGCGCCCGCCUUGCAGCUUCUCCUCGAUACUUUCGGCUGGCGGGGUGCUCUGUUCCUCCUCGGCGCAAUCACCCUCCACCUCACCCCCUGUGGUGCUCUGCUGCUACCCCUGGCCCUUCCUGGAGACCCCCCAGCCCCACCGCGUGGUCCCCUAGCUGCCCUUGGCCUGGGUCUCUUCACACGCCGGGCCUUCUCAAUAUUUGCUCUAGGCACAGCCCUGGUUGGGGGUGGGUACUUCGUUCCUUACGCUCACUUGGCCCCCCACGCUUUAGACCGGGGCCUAGGUGGGUACGGGGCAGCGCUGGUGGUGGCCGUGGCUGCUUUGGGGGAUGCGGGUGCCCGGCUAGUCUGCGGCUGGCUGGCAGACCAAGGCUGGGUGCCCCUCCCGCGGCUGCUGGCCGUGUUCGGGGCUCUGACAGGGCUGGGGCUGUGGGUGGUGGGACUGGUACCUGUGGUGGGGGGCGAAGAGGGCCGGGGGGGUCCCCUGCUGGCCGCAGCUGUGGCCUAUGGGCUGAGCGCUGGGAGUUAUGCCCCGCUGGUUUUUGGUGUCCUCCCUGGGCUGGUGGGCAUCGAAGGUGUGGUGCAGGCCACGGGGCUGGUGAUGAUGCUGAUGAGCCUCGGGGGGCUCCUGGGCCCUCCCCUGUCAGGCUUCCUAAGGGAUGAGACAGGAGACUUCACCACCUCUUUCCUCGUGUCUGGCUCUUUGAUCCUCUCCGGCAGCUUCAUCUACAUAGGGUUGCCCAGGGUGCUGCCUUCCUGUGGUCCAGCCUCCCCUCCAGCCACGCCUCCCCCAGAGAGUGGGGAGCUGCUUCCUACUCCCCAGAUUGUCUUACUCUCCCCAGGAGGCCCUCAUCCCACUCUGGAUACCACUUGUUGAUUAUUUUAUUGUUUGAGCCCCUCUCCCAAUAAAGAAUUUUUAUCGGGUUUUCCUGAAA